UAUUUAAGGGGGCUGAUUCAGGGGGCCUGGUAUGGUAACUGGAAAGAUGACUGGUCACAGAGCGAGGGAGGGACUUACCAGGAGUGGGGAGCUGUGGAGGGAGUAAGCAGCUAUAAAAGCCUCUGCUGGAUGUGUUCCUCCUCACGUUGAAACAACCCAGAUACAGAGACACUAGCAGAAGAGCUUCUCAGAAACACACUGUGAGCCCAGCAAGGCACAGAAUCCAAGGACUUCUGAUGCAUUAGCUUUUGUGGAGCCAAACGGGAAGCUUGGUAGACUGAAAAUUAUCACCACAUGAGGACAUAAAGCAUUUUGAAGUGCGCUGUGAUUUGGGAGUGCUGCAAUCUGUGAGUACACUUCAACACUUUUGGAGCAGCAAGAAGAAAAACAGAGAAAAUUCGCUCUGGAAUCUUUAAAAAGUGAAAAGAGGAGAGAAGGAGAAGCAACUAGUGCACCGCAAAGGAUAAACACACAGCGUUUCGCAUCUUCAGCGAUGGCUGUACGUCCAGUGGAGACAGUAGGUUUCCCUAUGCUUCCUGCUCACUUGAUGGCUUCUGCAAUGGAAGAGUUCCCACAGCAGCUCCCUGUACCCAAGGGCCCAGCUCGGGGCCGCAGUCGUCCCAAGCGACCGCGAGAGGCCCGCUUCAAAACUCAGCCAGUGACCUUCGCAGAGAUUGCAGAAGUAGAAGAGGAAGGAGCUUCACCACUGGAGGAGGAGAGAGCAAGGCGCUCCUUCUUGCAGUCACUGGAGAGCCUGAGGAGGAGCACACAAUCCCUGCAACACACAGGAACCACACAGAGCGGCAGAACCAGCACACCAACACAGGCUAGCCUGGACUCAAGUGACUCAGACUCAGCCCAAUGAGAGAGAGAGAGAGAGAGAGAGGGAGAGAGAGAGAGAAAGAGAGAGAGCUCUGUCUUCUACAUGUGAUCUGCUCUUCUGUUGUAAAGCUUACAUACUGGACUGGACUCCAGUGUGCUAAGCUCUUUGCACAUAAUCUUUUGAAGCUUUUGCAGCUAUAACAUAGUUACAGUAUUUUAUACACAUACUUGUGUCACUCCAGUCAAGCGACAGCAAGCUGAAUAGUUUAUGCUUCUUAGUUGUAGCGUUUAAAUAUAUAUAUUUUUUGAAACUACUUAAAUACCUUAAAUAUUCCAGAAAUAUUGGCUAUACUUGAGGCCUAUUAUUCAUCAUGAGGUUUGAAAUGUUGAUAUAUUCUAGUUACAAUUCCACUGGACAAGGCAGAUGGUUUAUCAUUGUUUAUCUUCGCCACUUUAUCAUGAUUGUGCAGUCAAGAUUGUUGAGUCAUUGAUGGAAAAACUGAACCCGAUGUGUAAACACCACAUUCUGAAUAGGAGGUUUGUUCAUUACUUGAGUCUGCCAGAGUAGUACAUCUACUAAUGAACUCAGAUGUUUAUCUUAUUAAUAACAGUGAAAUUAGAAAUGUUUUGUUGACACUGUUGACUUGUAAGGUCACAAGAAAAAAUGAAAUUAUGUGUUUAUACUAUUGUUUUACUUUUACUAUCUUUGUAAAAUUAUUUCAUACUUAUUUUAAUAAAAGUAUAUAUGUAUAUAUAAAUAUAAUGUA